AUGUCCUCCUCGUCGUCCUGGCAAGAUCGCCGCUUCAUGUGGCCCACGGGCCGCGAAGUCCACGAAGGCAGCACACGCCGCAUGUCCGGUUCCUCUGGCAGCGACAAGACCGCCGAUUCCCCCGUCCUCACCAACGCCGCCCCGGCCACCGCCGCUGGAGCCACACCAGCUCUGCCCGACUACCCGGUCGUGGAGAAGAAGGUGCUUUCCAACCCUGACGCCUGGGGCGGCGAUAGGCGAUUUUUGGGCAUGUCUGGGAGAGAAGUGCAUGAGCCCGCAAGAAGGAUGAGCGGAUCGAGUGCAAACAAGCCGGCCGAGGUGCCCAAGGCGAGCUCGCCCACUGCCAUGAGCCCCCCUGGCGGAGGCGUUGCGGCUGCGAUUGCCGGACGGAGACGGUCCUCCGCGUCCAACCAAGGCGGCAUCUUCUCCGGCCUCAUGGCAAACAGAGUCGUUCACUCCGAACGUCGACAGAGCUGGGAAGACAUGAAGAAGCCCGAAGCUUUCGGUGGCUUCUUGUCUGGGCUCGUCAACACGAAGCCCGCUGAGGAGAAGAAGUAA